AUGAAGAGCAGCGCUGUCUACUAUUGCAAGGAUGAUUGGAUUCUCUAUUUCUGCCUCAUAAACCGUCGUCAUUUCCUCUUCCACCCGUAUAGUGGAAACACUCUUAGCUUGCCAAAACUGAAUCAGAACAGCGAAGUUGCUGCAUUUUCAGAUACGCCAACUUCGCCUUCUUGUGUCGUGUUCUCAGUAACGCGAGGAGGGGGCAACACCGUCUGUAUCAGCACUUGCCAUCCUACGGAUAAAGAAUGGAAGAACUACGAAUUCAAUGUCCUUCCGCAGGCUGUCCAAUUUGGUUUCAAACAGAUAGCUUACUAUGAAGGUACUUUCUGGUGUCUGAACAGAAGAGGCUAUUUGGGAAUUUUCGGCAUUGAAAAGUCUGCUUGGAGUAUCCUUCCGGCCCCCCUAGCUGCUCAGCAUCCAAGCAUUCUUUACACACCGAAGUUCAUUGCAGCGUAUGAGGGAAAUGUGUAUAUGGUCUGUUCUUUCUACUUAAAACCGGCUAUAUACAAGCUAAACAUUGAAAAGUGGCAUUGGGAUUUCGCUGAAAGUUUGGGUGAGUUGUCGUACUUGGCAAACCCUGUGAACUCCCAAAUCAGGGCUAAAGUGCUUGGGAGAAGGAGGGAACACUCUAUUCACUUCUCCAAAGUCUUGUACCAUGGGAAGCAAAUUGUUACUUAUUCGAUGAGUGACAGGAGGUUCUAUCCAUCGAAGAAAUGCUAUGAUUGGGAGGAUAAAGAUGCCUUUCAGAAUGUUUGGAUUGAUGCUCCUGAGGACACUUCAGUCUUCCUUUGA